AUGUAUUCUAAACAUGUAGGUCCUUACGAAGCGGCUUAUAGACAUUUAAAAGGAAUGCGACCAUUAGAGCCAGAAAUGGCAUUGUCUUUGACAUCUAAAAAAAUUUCUUGGAGCAAAAGCAGAACGAAAAAUGUGACAGUUCACACUAUGAAAUUGAAAGAACCAAAGAGUUAUGAAAAGUAUCUAAAGAGAAUCCCUGAAUGUGAAGAUUUCUCUUACAAACAAUGGUUAAGAGACUUUAACGAUGCUCCGAACAAUCCAAAGUCCUAUAAAGGCAGAAACACUUUGUUAGGUACAAAAACAAGAUCAGUCUUUUGUGACGACUAUUUCUAUCAGGACUUAGUUUUGAAUCAUCCACAUAGACAACGUAGUGAUUUGCUACAUCCAGACAGUGAGAGGUUGCCAGAUCAAAUUAAACAUUUUGCAGCUGCAAUCAACUUCAGAUCAGAAUUUUGGAGAGAUGAAGACAAACUAAGAUCGUUCUUCGAUGUUCAAGGCCACAAAAAUAUUACGUCGAAAAUAUUAUUCAAUAUGUAAGAAGCAGAUUUGAUUUUUAUCAUCUUUGGCAAAAACAAGUGAUAGGCACGAUAACUGUUGUAAGAAAUUAACAAAACGUUGACAUGACUAACCUUGCUCCAAAUCAGUCAAGAGUAUUAGCUAUUGCCAAAGACUUCUUAAGGCAAAGAACGGAGGCUAAUGACGACAUUCCCGAGGCAAAUCUAGGUGUAUUAGAUGAUGAUUCGUCCGACGAAACUGAAGACGUUGACGAAUACGAACAAAAUCUUGCUUCAGCAACAGGAAUAGAUUGGAAAAAAUUUCUUCUUGUACAAGGAAAACCA